AUGAAAGAUAUAUUUUUUAGCCGGCUAAUUUUUCUAAAAAAAAUUAAAAUGUUAAUUAAAAUUAGUUAUCAUAAUAGAAAUUCUAUAAGAAAUCCUUCAAGAUAUCACAGUUUUCCAUCAUAUUUGUUCUUUAAUUCUUGUAUUCUAUUCUUUUCUCAUAAACGCUUCAAUUUUAUCUCUACCCAUUCAAGGCCAUGUUUAAGCAAUAUAUUUAUUCCGCAUGGUAUUUCUUGUCAAAAUUCCCAAAAAAUAGAUAAAAGUGGACAUGAUCUUUUAAUUAAAGCUGGAUUUUUACGUCAAUCAUCAUCAGGAAUAUAUACAAUUUUGCCACUAGCAUUAAGAGUUCAAGAAAAAAUAGAAAAUAUUAUUGAUACAUCAUUAUAUAAAAUUAAUGCAUCUAAAAUCUCUCUUCCAAAUCUUUCAACAUCUUAUUUGUGGAAAAAAUCAAGGAGAUGGGAUUUAUUAGGAAAUGAACUUUUUAGACUGAAAAAUAGAAGGGGAACAGAAUACUGUCUUUCUCCUACGCAUGAAGAAGAAAUAACAAACUUAAUUGCAACAGAAAUAUCAAGUUGGAGACAACUUCCUUUAAAAUUAUAUCAAACAGGAAAAAAGUUUAGGGAUGAAAUACGUCCUAGAAGAGGUUUAUUAAGAGGAUAUGAAUUUAUUAUGAAUGAUUUAUAUACAUUUGAUAAAUCUAAAGAAGAUGCGCUACAGACCUAUAAAUUAAUAUGUGACACAUAUAAAGAAAUUUUUUCUAAACUUGAAUUACCAAUAGUUAUGGCAGAAGCGAAUAAUGGUAACAUUGGAGGAGAUCUUUCUCAUGAAUUUCAUAUUAUAUUUUCAUGCGGGGAAGAUACUCUUAUUAUAUGUAAAUCAUGUGGAUAUAUUUCAAAUGAAGAAUUUACACAUGUUAAAUUGAAAUUUCAAAUUCCAUUUAAAUUAGAGAAUUGCAAUUGUUUCUACAUUAAGGAUAUAAACGACAUUAUUAUAGGAAUUGCAUAUGUACCAAUUGAUAGGGAAAUUAAUCUAUUACUUGUAAAUAAAAUGAUGAAGAGCAUAAACUCGGAAAUAUUUACUAUAACGCCGAAUACUGAUGUAAAAAGAGGAACUAAAAAUCAUUACAAAAAUGAAAUUAUUCAUAUUCUUGAUGAAAAUUUUAAUCCUAACUCUUUUACGUAUCCAAAUCAUUUGAAAUGUUUUCGAAAUAGAUUAAUAACAGCAUCUAUCAUUAAAUCAAGAAAAAAAGAUUUAUGUUACAAAUGUUCCAAACCCUUAAUAUCUCAAAAAAGUAUAGAAUUAGCACAUACAUUUUAUCUUGGUACAAAAUAUUCAUCAGCUUUAUCAGCAACGUUUACAUCUGAAAAAGAUAAUAAUAUUUUACCAAUUGAAAUGGGUUGUUAUGGAAUAGGCAUCUCAAGAAUAUUAUCUUCUAUAGCAGAAAUAAAUAAAGAUGACAAAGGUUUAAUUUGGCCAAUAACCAUUGCUCCCUGGAAGGCUGUAAUUAUAUCAACAUCGGAUUUAGAUCAUAUGUUAUAUAAAGUAUAUGACAUGAUUUUUUGUUAUUUCGAAAAAGAUUCUAUUAUUAUAGAUGAUAGAAAAAAUAAAGGAUUUAUAUGGAAAAUGAAAGAUUCAGAUUUAAUAGGAUUCCCGUAUACUAUAAUUAUAGGAAGACAUUGGAAAGAAACUGGAGAACUUGAAAUUCAGAUAAGGAAGACAGGGGAAAAAAUAUUUGUGAAACCUGAAAAUAUUAAAAAUAUUAUCUAA